AUGCUUCUUACAAUAUUGAGCGCUUGGCUUUUUGUGGAGAAGAGGAGGCUCGUCGAGGUGUUCCCAGAAAAGGAAAGGAAACCAUGGGACCUUUGGGAGCUACGAAUAUUGGUCCUGAUCAGCCUCACCUUGCAAAUAUCUCAAAUCGUUCUAGGCAGUCGAAGAAAGUAUAAUCCAAGCACUUUGCUCAGAUUGUCUCUCUGGUCUGCAUAUCUAACUGCAGACUGGGUGGCAACUGUUGCACUAGGUGUCCUCUCCAAUAACCAAAGACCUUCCUGCACUUGUGAUAUUGAUAGCAUUAGCAAUACUACUAAUCCUAUCAAUGAUGAGCUCAGUGCAUUUUGGGCACCAUUUCUGCUGUUGCACCUUGGCGGACCAGACACAAUUACUGCUUAUGCUUUAGCAGACAAUGAGUUGUGGAUAAGGCAUUUGCUUGGACUUGCUGUCCAAAUGAUCGUGGCAAUUUAUAUCACUGUCACGGCCUGGAGUCGAACUUGGCUCUCAUUCCUGACCAUUCCCAUGCUUUUUGCUGGGGGAAUAAAGUACAUCGAAAGGACAUUAUCCCUGAGGUCUGCAAAUCGUGAGCAGUUUCUUGAUUCAUUGCUCAAUCCUCCUGAUCCUGGCCCCAAUUAUGCCAAAUUCAUGGAGGAAUUCUGUUUGAAAAAAGCCGAGGGGUUUAGUGUGUUGGCUAUUGAAGUGAUUGAUGCUGCUGACCAGCCCGAUGCUGCUGGCAGUGGCAAUAACAAUGGGAACACUAGUAAACGGAUAUUGCCUGAUGCGUACGGCUUCUUCAACACUUUUAGGCGGCUCUUUGUAGAUCUUAUUCUUAGCUUCCAUGACCGAGAUAAAAGCCGGUACUACUUCCAGAACCAGAAUCUCAUUUCGAAAACUGCUUUUGAGGUAGUUGAAAUCGAACUUGGAUUUGCAUAUGAGGUUUUUUAUACCAAGGCACCUAUAAUGUACACUAUUUGGGGAUGCAUUUUCCGCUUCAUCACUUCGACUUGCACUAUUAUAGUGUUUGUGCUCUUCCUAAUUAUUGAGAAGCACAAUCACCCGUGGGAUGAUCUCAUCAUUACUUACAUAUUACUUGUGGGAGCUAUUAUUCUAGAAUUCUAUGCUGUCAUUUUGCUACUUUCCUCCGAUUGGACACAGCUAUGGUUGAGUGAGGAUGGCUGGUAUAAAUCCCGUAGCAAAAUCUCUACCGAAUUGAAAGAUUUUAUCUUCCAGCAUUUUCUGAAGAAGUCAAAGGACGCCAAAAGCGCAAAGACAGCAAAGGACACCUCAUCUUUAUGUAGUGCUAGAGGCAAUCUUGUUUUUGAAGAAUAUGAACGUUCUUCCUCAUUCAAUUGGACCACCGAGGUAGAGUUCGACCAUAGCAUUCUUAUCUGGCACAUUGCUACAGAUAUCUGCUAUCACUCAAAUGGUGGUAAAAAAUUGGCUGCCAAAAAUUUAAGGUGUAAAGGGAGCAAGAACCUGUCAGACUACAUGUUGUAUCUAUUAGUCAUGUGUCCUUUCCUGUUGCCAAUUGGGAUUGGGAUGAUCAGGAAAUGGGUGAAGAGAAAAAUUGGGAGCUUGUUUGGGAGUUUGUGA